GUCGCCCUGAGUCUCCUCUUGCAAACGGCUAAAGCAGUGGGAUCUUUGAGAUAGUUUGAAAAACCUUUUGCGAACACGGUCAUACCAACCUGUAAACAGUAUCGGGAGAGGAGUAUUACGUGUCCAGCUCGCAACCCGUUACUACAAGUUCAAGGAAUCCCGCGAAUGAUCGUCGAAAUACUGACGGCUUUUUACUGAGAAACCAUGCUUCAGUGCAAAGUGUUCGUGAAAUAUAAAAAUUGCAACAAAGGAAAAGAAUGUCCUGACCAAGCUAAAUUAGUUCUCAACCCACGCACAGAACUGCGCCCAAAAAGUCAUCAAUCAAAUUGCCCGGUUCGCAAAACAAAACCACACUCUCAUAUGGACACUAUGUUUUUUUCAAGCAGUCACACACCCAUGGAUAUCCAUACACGAGUUGACCUUGCGCAAAGUCUCUCCGGUCACCAGACCCGACUGCCUGCCCACUCUACGUAGAGAGCGACCACUUCUUACAAAAACGCGGCGACUUUGUCCACUUUAAUUUAGUCUUUACAUACCCAAAAUUGCAGCCUAUAAAACCAAGUUUCACAUCGAUCAGUUGCCGUUAUCAGGUUAUAUCUAAUGCUGACGGGCGCGGGCCGACAUACUUCGGACGUCGCUGACACAUUCGCCACCAUUUCUCCAACACGUGCAAAGGACCUGUAACUCAUAUGCACCGUAUACGUGCACACAUCAUGGACUGCCACACAAUCAAACAGGAACCGAUGCAAGCAGCAACUCCGGGGUCAACAGACGUGGACCAGGGCAACAACUCUAAUUUUUGGAGUGGUGAUGAAAACCUUUCAAGCAUACAGCGUAAAAUGUGGAAAAAUGAACUUCAACGUCAUUUGCAAAUCACUUCAGAGGAGCUCCACCCAAUAUCAGGAGAAUCUGCUUCUAAACAGAGGGACGAAAACAUCCAUAACCUGUUGUCCCAGUCUCAAGUUGGAUAUAGAUGUGCUCACACAACCACACAGAAUGUCGAAUCUCCUACUUCAACUUUAAAUGCCUCGUCGUUACUAACAAGUACCUGUGACAUUCUGCCUAAACCAGAACAUGGAGACUUCCAUUUGCCUUGCGAUGAUGACUCUCCAUCAUCCCCUCAAAUUGGUCAGCCCCUUGCCUCAUCUCCCUGCAUACCAGCAAAUGGAGACACACAGUCAAUCCCGCAACUCCAAGGAUUGCCCUGUCUAGAAAAUGGCGACACUCAAUCACCCCCUCUACCGGCUGACCAGAUUAUGUCAACCCUUUGGGAGAUCAAGCAUGACCUGCAACAGCUGAUUGCUGGGCAGAGAGCACUUCGUGAGUCCGUGGAGUACCUCCACUCAGUCCUGAAGCCCCAGAUGACAUGUAUUUCAUCAUCAUCCAGCAAAACGCAGCGUGAAUUAACGCCUCAGAUAACUUCAGGCAAAAGUAUAAAUACAGGCACAAAAACUCUUUACCAAGCACCAUCAAAAGACUUUCGGUCUGCUACGCGUCGGCCAGCUCCGACAGUGACACCCGUUUACAUUGCCAGCAACGAGACUGGAAAGUUUCUACUUGGUGGCUCAGAGGGUCUGGUGCGUGACAUCUUUGAGUAUCACGGAGACGUCAGGAGAGCAUCUACACGUGCGGCAUCCAAGCCAGAGGCGACGGGAAGAAUGUUGUGCUCCAUUCUGAUGCGAAAGGAAUUUUCCAAAGAAGACUUGGCGUCUAAAAAUGUAACAGGCAAAUCAAGGGAUCCUAAGACCAAAAAAUGUGUGCCAGUGCCAAAAUUGGACAGUAACAUCCUGCAAGCAAUCUUUCGUCAGGCCAGGUUACAGUUUCCUGAUUUCCAUGAUACUUACACCGAUACAAAAUGUCCAACCGUUCAGCUACUUAAUGACACAUGCAAACAUAUUCGACAAAAGAUGCUUCUGGCACCCACAGACUAAUUGACCAAACACUAUUUUAAAGUUUGAGGGGAGAGUUCCAGUCUGACCUGUACCAUUUUGCAUGUGAUUUGAAGAUAUAACGUAUCUUGUUUAAAUACCGUAUCAGUAGAGAAAAAUUGUAAAAUAUGUUACGUGCCUCAGGAAGGAAGGAAAUGCAGGUGUGCAUGUUGCCCAUACUUAGGGUUCUCUAAAUUGCUGCAGGUGAUUAACUGACAUACUGACAUGCACGCAAACACAUGGUUUUCGUUCUGCUUCCCCACUGGCUUCAUCAUCCAUCGCCCCUGGACUUUGAAGUUGUUGGUCUAAAAACAAGUCAGACAGUGCCAACAAAAUAUCAAACUCUAUGCAUGCAACUAUUGGGGAGUCCGGUUUGCAUAGUGGUUAUUUCCUCACCUUCCACCUCUGCGGUCGAGGUUCAAAUCCCAGCUCGGUCCACAUACAGAUUGAAUUUUGGGUCUCUACCCAAUUCCAUGGGUUUUACCCAGAAUAUUCCUCUGGGUUCCCCCCACCUUUAAAACUGUAACUGCUUCCCAUUUCAAUGUGCCCGAGUCUUCAAGUAUAUGAAGUUGGUGCAUCACUUGGAAGAUGUAUAUCCAAACUUAAUGUGAAUGUUACAUAUAAAUCUGGUUGGCACAAUUCAAUACAACUUUUCAGGUAUGCCCGUUAAGGGGCGGUUUGUAGAAGUCCUUGUUUCAUCUUUUCAAUGCAAUGUGAGAGAACCUUUUGGUGGAUGUUUUUUAUGUGAAUCAAAUGCUACCCAGGUACAUAAACCCUACCCUUUUAUUUUCAUGUUUUUAUUAAAUAUUUCAAUGAUCCAUUGACUUGUGUCUUUCCAUUCAAUUUGUUGUUCAACAUUUCACAAUUCACACCAUAGCAUUCUAUUUUCCGAUCUCUUUGAGUGCAUGUUCUCAAGAAGUAUUAAUUUUUAAUUUCAUUCAAAAUGCACUGCCUGCAAAGGGCUCAACUGGUUACAUGGUUUUCAAGACAGUGUGUUCACUUAUACAUGUACGUAUCAGGCUUACAGUCAUCACAGUUUUUGAAAGGAGGCUAGUCAUGGAAGCUUCCCCUGCUGAAAUGUGGGACCUUCCCUUUGAAAAAAUGAAGUCCUCCAGAGCCACGAUUAGGCCAGCCAUCAAAUAAACAACCCCAUGGGGUCUUUGUAAGAAAAGCUA